AUGGUGGCCACGUUCCCGCAGAAGGCCAAGGCGGGUCUGUGCGCGCUGGUAGCGUGCUGCUUCCAGCCGGCGCACACGCCCGAGCCCACGGACGAGGCGCGGUACAUGCUGCAGGAGAAGCCCAAGCGCCGAUCGCCCGCGGACGCCGAGAGCCCGGCCGACGCCAUCCUCCCCAACUACCAGGAGCCGCCGCGGUGGGUCAAGGACGACUUCAUCGAGGCGUGCGUGCUGUGCGGCGUCGAGUUCGACCUGCUCAAGCGCAAGCACCACUGCCGCGGCUGCGGGCUCGUGUUCUGCGGCCGCUGCACGGCGCACUUCGACCGCGUGGUCAAGUUCGGCUUCGUGGAGCCCGUGCGGCUCUGCAACAACUGCGCGGGCACGGCGCAGACCGAGAACGUCUUCUACGAGAAGUUCCUGCCGCUGCUCGAGGGCGGCGACCUCUUCAGCAAGUACGGGCUGCUGCGCAAGCGGCACGUGCACCUCAAGUUCGUGCGCGCCAAGAACAUCCUGCAGUACCAGAAGUUCGACCCCGAGUCGAGGAGCUACGAGGGCGACAUCAAGGCCAUCUCGCUCGACGACAUCACGGACGUGCGCGAGGUGGACGCGGGUCAGGACAACGCCGACGUGGGCAUCGUCAUCGCCGUGGGCCCGCAGGAGCACAGGUUCGACGCCACUACGGCGCUCAAGAGGCAGCAGUGGGUAGAGGCCAUCGCAGGCGCGCGCCAGGUGCGCGGAGCCAUGCUGGCCGCAGAGCGCGAGAAGCGCGCGAAGCAGGUCGAGAAGGAGAACGAAGAGAUCCGCAAGAUGUCGGAGAACCUGCAGAAGAUGGAGGAGCGCCGCGCCACGUUCCAGGAAGACCGCAUGCGCCGCCGCGCCGAGAAGCGCGAGCAGCUCCGGGCCAAGUACCACCUCGCAACGGCAGCGUCGUAA